AUGGCCGAAGUUCCUGAUCUAAGGCAUCCGUCCAAUCUGCAUGAAGAUGCCGAAUCUACCGGAAAUGGUACAAACGGCAAUAUAGAAGUCAAGCCUGAAGACAUUACAGAUGGACCAGAGUCUCCAGCCAAAACACCAACGCGUCCAAUUGGACUAAAAUCCCCAGCUAAACGGUCACUGGAAGACCUUGAUAAUUCUGCUCGAAAAAGAGCCCAUUCAACAUAUUCAAGAUUAAUGGAAGAUGAAAAUAAUGAGGAAGAUGGAGUGCUCCGACAACAAGAGCUUAAACUAGCCCAGCAAAUCAUUGAAGACUCGAAAGAACUGGCACCUCCAACUCCAAAAAGAAAAAGAGGUAGGCCAAGAAAAGAAGACCAGGUGAAGAAGCCCCAACCUGCAGUGGAAUUGACUCCUCGAAGGCGAGAAAGAAGAGCUGUUGUGCAAAAGAGAGAGGAAGAGAAAGAGGCAGAGAAACUAAGGCUCCAAGAAGUGAAACAGAGGAGGACAAGAAAAAGAUCAGCUGCUAAGGAAGAAAGUGAUCUGCUGGAAGAGAGUGAUGACAGUGAAGACGACUUCACCGAGUCCGAAGAGGAGACUCCAAAACGAACUAGGAAGGUGACAACCCCAAGGAAGCCCAAAGCGUCUCCGCGGGCGGAGCUGCCCACGCCAGUCAAGGCCAAGAAGGAACCUAAACCUAAGAAGGAGCCAAAACCUAAGAAGGAACCAAAACCCAAGAAAGAGCCCAUUCAAAGGCGAACGAAGAAGGGAAGGCCUAGUAAGCAGGAAAAGGUAACUGGUACAGUGCACAGUAUCUUCCACAUGGACGAUCUCGAGUUCUUCCAGGACCGUCCAGAAACUCCAAGCACGACAUCAUCACCUUCAAAGCCUAAACUGUCAAUUUCACUUAAUUUCGAUAACACAGGCGACAGUACAUUCUCUUACAUUCCCCUGAUCAGUGGACUUCAAAAACGACCAAAGAGCAAACCUGAAAGUGCACCUAUUCAACAAUUUGAGCCACUUCCAGUUCCAGAAGUUGACGAAGAGGGAAACAUCAAGGACAAGAAUUACGUGAAGAAGUAUUUCCCAGACUCUCAAAUACUGUCGAACUUUUCUGGAAGACUCACCGACGAAAGAGCCUACUUCUUGGAAGGAAGUGAAGGCUACUUCGAACAGCAUAAUCUUCGAUUCAGGCCAUCCUCGAGUGCAUUGAGCUCCAAUGCACCUGAACUCAAUUACGACGAGUUUUUGCCUAUGGUUAAGCUAGGCAGUCUCAUUCACCACAAUGAAAGGAAAGCACUCAACACCCUCCAUCGCAAGUUAUACCACCAAUGGUGCUUUGAAUUGAGCCAAGGUUACAACCUCAAUUUUUAUGGUAUUGGUUCAAAGGUUAAUCUUAUACUUGACUUUGUUAAUAAUUAUUUGCUUGACUGGUACGAGCAAACGCUUCUAGGCGACGACGAGUUUCCCGUGGUAAUGGUUGUCAACGGGUAUAAUCCUGCAACCAAACUUAAGCUGGUUAUUCAUGACAUUGCCUCGGCUAUUGUCACGCCAGAGAUCAGAAAAGAAAAAGGUAUCAAGAUGCCGAAACAUAUCGGUGAGGCGUUCCCGUUUUUGGUCAGUUACAUGAAGAGGCAUGUGGUUUACCACGCAGAGCAUGGGCUCGUCAAACCUAAACUUAUACUUGUUGUACAUAAUAUUGACGGUGAUGCAUUCAGGGAUGAAAGGUCGCAGAAUAUCCUUUCCCAGCUUGCAUCACUUCCUGACGUGUGGCUCCUCACCUCCGUGGAUAACGUGAAUGCCAGUCUUUUAUGGGAUCUUUACCGCUUCAAGAACUUCAAUUUCCUUUGGCACGAUGCCACCACCUACGAUCCUUACGGAGUGGAGCUUUCUUUCAAAGACGUUCUCAGUAUGGGCCGGUCCAAGAGGUUUGUGGGAAGCAAGGGCGCUAAAUACGUUUUGACGUCGCUUAGCUCGAACGCACAAGAGCUUUAUAGAGUGUUGCUGCAGAUGCAAUUGAAAGUCUUGGAAGACGCCACGGCGUCAAAAUCUGGCAGAACAGGUCUUCGAGGUUCUAUCAAGCUUGGCGUGGGGUUCAAAGAUCUUUAUCAACAGUGCUUAAAGGAGUACGUCACGUCCAACGAAAUGAACUUCAGAAGCAUCCUCGGCGAAUAUGUCGAACACAAGAUGUGUUCGCUUACUAAAAACGUUUCAGGCAAGGAGGUGGUUUUUAUUCCCUAUGCCUAUGACGAAAUAGCGCUUAUCUUAAAAGAGCACUACAAGAAAUAG